AAAAUCAAGAUGGCUGCCCACAGUGCCGUACUCUCCGCGUCCAAAAUAAUGAAUCCUUUCUGGGUUGGACGCCUUGGAAACACUGCUAAAGUAUUUGGAACAACUUUGAUCAGACACCGGAAUAAGACCUCGCUUACUGGAGAAAACAUUCCCCCUCCAGCAAAGUAUGGAGGCAGGCACACUGUGACCCUCAUACCUGGUGAUGGGAUCGGUCCAGAGCUUCUCAAUCAUGUCAGAGAAGUUUUCAGGUUCACCUGUGUGCCAGUUGACUUUGAGAUGGUGAAUGUCAACUCUGCUUUGGAGACCGAUGAUGACAUGAAUAAUGCCAUCACUGCCAUCCGGCGAAAUGGAGUUGCCCUGAAGGGUAACAUAGAAACCAAACAUACCCUGCCAGCGUCUGUCAAAUCCAGAAAUAAUGUGCUGCGCACGAGCUUGGACCUGUAUGCCAAUGUGAUGCACUGUCAGUCCCUCCCCGGGGUCCAGACUCGCCACAAGAACAUUGACAUCAUGAUCAUCAGGGAGAACACAGAGGGAGAGUACAGCAGUCUGGAGCAUGAGAGUGUAUCCGGGGUAGUGGAGAGUCUAAAGAUUAUCACCAGGAAUAAUUCCAUCAGGAUUGCUGAUUAUGCCUUCAAACUGGCCAGGGAGAGAGGUCGCCGCAGGGUCACUGCUGUACACAAAGCUAACAUCAUGAAGCUCGGUGAUGGCUUGUUCCUGCAAUGCUGCAGAGAAGUGGCCUCGGGUUAUCCAGACAUCACAUUCGACAGCAUGAUUGUGGACAAUACCACAAUGCAGCUCGUGUCCAAACCACAGCAGUUUGAUGUGAUGGUCAUGCCCAAUCUGUACGGGAAUGUGGUGAGCAAUGUGUGCGCGGGGCUGGUGGGGGGACCUGGCCUCGUGCCUGGGGCCAAUUAUGGUCGUGACUAUGCUGUCUUUGAAACGGCCACAAGAAACACAGGAAAAAGUAUUGCAGAAAAAAACAUUGCAAACCCAACUGCCAUGCUGCUAGCUAGCUGCCUGAUGCUGGACCACCUUAACCUUAAUGAUUAUGCAAGUCUGAUCCAGAAUGCAGUCCUCACCACAAUGAACGAAACCAGGUUGCACACAGCAGAUCUCGGGGGUCAAGGAACCACAUCAGAGGUGGUGCAGUCCGUCAUGAGGGUCAUCCAGAGUAAAGGACAGUUCACGGCAGAGCUGUAAGAAUGACCGGGAAGGUUCACGCACCCACGCUCUUAUCAGGUGGUUUGAGUUUAAACAGGUGUACCUUCUGAGAGAGGAUGUCCGUGUUUCCAUAGCAUCUCGUUUCACACAGCUUACUUACCUGUUCACAAUACAAAUGAGCCUGCUUUCUCACUUCAAGGUUUCACAUGACCUGUUUAAAAAGGUGGGUUUUGAUAAAAUUCCAUUAUCACUCCUGCAAGCAUCGGUUUUACUGCUGGAGCUUAUUCAGCUGAAUAUGAAUCUCCUUAGAGAUUCGUAUGAAACAUGAAAGGGCCUACUUUAGAUAUUUAAAUAUACAAGUAUAGGCACGCAUCUUCCACUAUACCUUCUGCAGCAGCCAUUAUUUAUUUUUCACUUUGUGAUUACAUCACAGACUUUAAAUUAACCAAAAUGUCAUUAAUGCUUAAUAUAAAUGUAAAGUGCCCAUUAUGUCCUGUUACAUCGUUUAUGUUCUUAUCACAGCAACUGUACUUUGAAGAGGUGAUACACUAUAGAGGAGCGUGACUGCUGUCAAACCUGAACUUUACUGCUUGUGCCAUAAUGGCUUUUUUUGGUCUAGGGAUGAUAUCACAAUAUUAUACUGUUGUUUUUGGGUCUGUCCAAGAAAAUGCUCAUAACGCCUGAUAUGAAAAGAAUGGUUUCAUUUUGUUUGUAUGUGUGUGAGCAUAAGAUGUAAUCAAUAAAGUAAUUAUAUGUCUUAACAUC